UUGGUGGAGGAGCUAACGUUAGCAGCCUCACUCCCUGCGGCGGCAGCGUCGAGCUCGGUAACGACCUGUGGCAAAGAAUAGUCCAGAACAUCAACAGGAGCGAUUGGUGAAAAAACAUGCCUCGAGUGUAUAUUGGACGACUGAGCUACCAUGUCCGCGAAAAAGACAUUCAGCGAUUUUUCAGCGGAUAUGGGAAACUCAUGGAAAUCGAUUUAAAAAACGGGUAUGGAUUCGUGGAGUUCGAGGAUAACCGGGAUGCCGACGACGCCGUAUAUGAGCUGAACGGGAAGGAGCUGUGCGGGGAGCGGGUGAUCGUCGAACAUGCCCGGGGGCCGCGGCGAGACCGAGAUGGCUACGGUGGGGGUUACUGGGGUGGUGGGCGCAGUAGUGGUUACAGCAGCCGAAGCCGCUCUGGAAGAGAUAAGUAUGGACCCCCAGUCCGUACUGAGUACCGUCUCAUCGUGGAGAACUUGUCCAGCCGCUGCAGUUGGCAGGACCUGAAGGACUUUAUGCGUCAGGCAGGAGAGGUGACCUAUGCAGAUGCCCACAAGGAACGCACCAACGAGGGCGUGAUCGAGUUCCGGACUCACUCGGACAUGAAGAGGGCCCUAGACAAGCUGGAUGGCACGGAUAUCAAUGGGCGGAAGAUUCGUCUGGUGGAGGACAGGCCCCGCAGGCGAAGAUCCUACUCUGGCAGCCGCUCCAGAUCUCGUAGUCGCCGCCGCUCUCGCAGCAGGAGCCGCAGAAGCCACAGGAGCAGGAGCUCCCGGAGUCGCUCCAGAUCUCACUCCAGGUCUCGUUCCCGCAGCAACAAGAGACGUCAUCAUUCCCGCUCCAGGUCUGGGAGGAAGUCUCGCUCCAAGUCAGGAGAAAGAAAAUCACGCUCUCGCAACCGCAGGUCGCGUUCUCGAUCCCGCAAAUCCAAAUCUCGUUCACGUUCCCGCAAGUCACGUUCUCGUUCGGCCGACCGGAAAUCCAAGUCCCGUUCAAAGAGCCGCUCUAAGGUAAAGUCAGAGCGAGAUUCUCGCAGUCGUUCCAAGGAGAUGUCUGGUGAGAAGAAGUCUCGCAGUCGUUCAGCUUCCCCAGUAGAGAACGGGAAGGAGGAGCGCGCUGCCAAAUCUGCCUCCCGCUCCCCAUCCCCACAGGAUGAUGACCGCCGAUCCAAGUCGAGGGAGAAGCGUUCAGCCUCCCGCUCAAAGUCCCGCUCAAGAUCUCGCUCACGGUCUAGAUCAGCUUCUCAGGAUUAGUGGAACUAGAGAAGGAAGGCCUGUCUCUCAUUGUUGAGUUUGAGCCCUAUGCUGUACAUACUAAGCAGUGUCGUCAUACUGGCUUAUGCUUCCUGACUUGUCUACUUUUCUCCUUCAAGUGUGCACUUGUCUUGAAAAAUGUUUUAGAUGCAGUUUUAUUAGAGGAUGCGCCACAGUGAUAGGGCUACUUUUUUGGAAUCACUUGAGUCUCUGAAUCAUCUGCCUCCCAAAAAUCACACAUUUUCUCCCUGAUUUCAAAAACCUUAAAGUGCUAGUCUCAAUAUCUUCAGUCACUGUCUCGAAAAUGUCACCUUGUCUUGCCAGUCUGUUCAAGUUAAAAGCUGGUGAUGGCUAAGUGAAAGUUAAGUUGUCUUUAUUGUACUUAACACCACCUCUGUUUUCAACAGAUCUUGUUGAGUUGAAGAUCUGUAGAUUGAUCUUCAACUCUGCAGCAUCCAUCAGGCAUUGUUUGAUACAACUCUGGUUUCAUACUCAUUCAGACUGCAUGGUUGUGGGAGAAAAGUAGCGUACAGCUACAGCAUUGGAGCGUUUGGUUUCCGUUUUGAUCUGCAGUCUCAAUUGUUUUUCAAAGAAUCAUCAGUCUUGGUGUUGUCUUGCGGGACUGUAAAAUGCACACCGGGAUGCAAGACCUUGGACUGUAGAACCGCAUAUUUACAAGAAAAUGAUAAGGGUUUGUAUUUCAUGUUUGAACAACUUACAUUAGAGGACUAUUAUGAUCCCUUUUUAACCUCUUGUAUAUAGACCAUGUGAUCAGCAUUGAAAAACCUGAUUUGUUUCUUUUUGUUGUCACUGAUAUUUUCUUUUUGUGACUGAGCAGGGCAUCUGUGGAAGGCCACUCUUUUUUUUCUUAUGGAUUUCAGUUUGGCUAGACCCUCAAGGCCUCAAAUGCUGUGUCCCAAUUUUCUUGAAUUUCCUGCUUUGUUCUGAUUACAGCUUUGAUAGUAAAUUUACAAUUUCUAUUUCAUUUUUUUUCUGCAAGUUUGAGUCAGGGGUUUAGGGUUUUGUCAAGCCUCUGCUUAUUUAAAGUGUGCAGCUAGUACUGGAGUUUUUUGUACUCGAAAGGUACACCCAUUCAAAUCUCUGGAGGGUCUGCUUAUGGUUUAAUAACAAACAUCAUCAGACUUAACUGAAUGCAGCCCCUCUCUCCAUCUUGUGGAACAGAUUUGUAUUUUUUCUCCAUGGAAAAUGAGAUCUAACAAAAUGUCCUUUUUUAUUGUAUGUUCAAUUAAAGAUCUUAAAGAAUAAA